AUGGUCCAAUGUAUUACAAGGGAGUUUAUCAUCUAUUCUAUCAGACCCCUUUCUAAAAGAAUGGAAGAAAUAUUCUGGUUAUGGUUCCUAGUUUGUCUGCAUCAGCAUCAACAUCAUCAAAACGACCCAAGAUCACUCAGGUGCCUACAAGAUGAGACUAGUAAUAAUGUUAGAGUGGUUGACCUCAAGGCUGUUGGAUCUUUUAUUGAAUUCACUCCUGAUGCAUCUGAAGUGAUUAUGUGGCUAGGAGACAUCUUUAGAGCCAAAGUUGUGGAUACAACAGAAUACUCAUUGACAAUAGAGGUCACUGGGGAUCCUGGGAAGAUGGUUACUGUUCAGAGAAACUUAGACAAAUUUGGAAUCAAAGAGCUCACAAGAACAGGGAAGGGAGAUGUUUAUCCUGUGGAGUACUAUAAUAAGUUCUCAAUGAAUCAAGUCCUUGACCCCCAUUGGGGUGUGCUUUAUGAAGAAGAUUUAACUGGUCAUAAGUCUCACACUGUGAACAUUCUUGUCAAUAAUGCUCUUGGAGUUCUCAACCUGGUCAUCGGAGUUAUAUCCAGAAAGGGUUACAACAUCCAGUGGAUCAAAGUUUUCUUCUUCAGAGUCCAUUAA